AUGGAUUAUGAUGCACCCAAUAUUAACAUUGCUGACGUGGAACUCGUUGAGAUCAUCAAACACAUAGAUAGGGCCUUUCUGUGCCGAGCCCGCUGGCAAGACAAAGACUGCGUGCUCAAAGUGUUCCCUCCUUAUAAAUGGGAGAAGAUCCACCCACCAUUCCGUUCUAUCGAUCUUUUCAAAAAUGAGAGCGGCGCAUAUAGUCGAUUGAAGGCUCGAGGCUUUUGUGAACGAGGAUCUGUGCCUGGCUUUUAUGGGGUGGUUGAGAAUAUCGACCCCGAGGCGAAGGGCUGGCAACCUCACCUCAAGAAAUUCUAUGAUGCAACUUUUCCUCGGAGUCUUGAUCCCCAGUCUCGCCCAAAUGGUGGUGUCCUGAUGGAAUAUAUUCCUGAUGUGAACAUGUUUGAUAUCUAUAACUACACAGAGGAAAGAGCUCGCAAGCUCCAUCAGCUCCUAAUUGAAAUCCACGAGGCUGGGAUUGUACACCUUGAUCAUUAUCCCCGAAACAUGUUGAUUCAGGGUGAUUCGGAUCGGGGACUCUGGAUCGACUACGAACUUGCUCGAAUAUUUGGCCUGAAGCACUCAGAACGCCCCCGAUUUUUUUGCCAAUGA